AUGGUGGGUCGGCUUGCUGGUAAAGUUGCGCUUGUGACAGGGGGCGCGUCGGGCUAUGGCCUUGGAAUUGCAAAGAAGCUAAAAGCGGAGGGCGCAACAGUCAUCAUUGCAGACCUAUCCGCCACCCUUGGUACCCAAGCCGCAGGAGAACUCGAGGCUUCAUUUAUCGAGGCCAAUGUAGCUGAGAGGUCCAGCUGGGAAGCCAUCCUAAAUACCGCCAUUAACCAACACGGCGGAUUAGAUAUCGUGAUCAACAACGCCGGGGCAUGCUACCUGAAGAAGCCAACGGAGACAGUUACAGAGAGCGAAUACGACCUCAUGAUGAACGUUAACGUGAAGGCGCUGUUUCUUUCCGUUUCUGUCAUUGUACCCUACCUCCUGUCGAACAAACGGAAGGCGGUGUUUGUCAGCGUUUCGUCCGUCAGCGGAGUCCGUCCACGUCCAGAACUUACGUGGUACAGCGCGUCUAAGGCCGCCAUUAAUACCGCGAGUAACAGCAUGGCCGUCGAAUACGCCCCAAAUGGAAUUCGAUUCAAUACCGUGUGCCCGGCUAUCGGACUCACGUCCAUGACCGAUAUUUUAACCGAUGCCCAAAAGGCGGAGAUGUCCUCUGCCAUCCCGCUCGGCAGAUCCUGCACUCCGCGUGAUGUCGCAAACGCAAUUGCCUAUCUUGCCAGCGAUGAGGCUGAUUUUAUCACAGGAGUCAAUCUUCAGGUGUGUCUAUAA